AUGUCAACUGAUUUCACAACAAAGCUGAAAUUUAGAGAAUCCCCGAUAUUCUUGGCCGUCCAUGGAAUCGGAGCAUCCCGUUGUGUGUCCACGAGACUAGUGUCUGCUGAAGUUGGUGCAAGAUGUCCUACAAUUUCAACAUUCGAGAAGGAGAUGCAGUUCUAUGUCCUGCCGAAGCUAACCUUACCUCUACCAAGCAGUAUCAUCGAUUCAUCCAGAUGGUGCCUACCAGACUCCGAAUGUCUCGCUGACCCUGGAUUUAAUGAACCUGCUCCAAUCGACGUGAUCAUUGGAGCUGCCUAUUACUUGGAGCUGUUAUCCAACGGAAAAUUCAAGGCAACUGAUGAUGGUCCUAUUCUACAAGAAACAGUGUUUGGUUGGAUUGUUGCUGGUCGAUAUAAUGAAGGCCAACCCAACGUUGCUCAAGCUACUGUUCACUUAUGUUAUACUGCAAAUCCUCAAGAGCAACAAACUAGUGUUUCGAAUUUUAAAGACAGUUCUUCCAUCCGUAUAAUCGAUUCACCCCAUAUUGGCAACCGCUACAGCUCACUCGAAAAGAAACAGUUGAUAAGCGAAACAAGUCACAAGUUUAGCAAGCAUCGGAAUGAACAACACAUGAGGUACAUCACUGACAAUCAGAUGAAGAUGCAGAAUAUACGAAAAAGGGAUCCGGAUAAAACGUACCAAACACAAAAUUUAACCCGGCAUAUCACACAUCAGUUUUCGAAUCUUUCGCUGUCCCCGAUCAAUAUUCCUUACUAA